AUGGCCGACUCAGAGCUGCGGCAGCGGAAGCCGCAAGGCGACGACAAGCCCAAGAAGAAGUCCAGCAAGUCGAAGCGAAAGACCGACGAGGGUGACGACUACACUCCCUGGCUCGACAUUCUCAGGGUGCUGAGCUUCCUCUUUGUGGCCUCGUGUGGUCUGAGCUAUGCCAUCAGCGGAGGGGAGAGCUGGUUCUGGGGGAUGCAGAACAAGCCCAACUAUCUCAGUCCUCGGUGGUGGAAGGCCCAAAUGAGCGGCCCCAUGUACCUGACGCCCGAGCAGCUGGCCCAAUAUGACGGCAGCGACCCCGAGAAGCCCUUAUACCUGGCCAUCAACGGCACCAUCUACGACGUGUCCAACGGGCGGCGCAUGUACGGGCCCGGUGGCUCCUACAGCGUCUUCGCGGGCUGCGACGCCGCGCGGGCGUACGUUACGGGCUGCUUCGCCGAGGACCGCACGCCCGACCUGCGCGGCGUCGAGGAGAUGUUCCUGCCGCUGGACGAUCCGGAGACGGACGCGCACUGGACGGCGGCCGAGCUCGAGAAGCUGCGGGCGAGCGAGCUCGAGGCGGCGCGGGAGCGGAUGCACAGCGCGCUCAAGCACUGGGUCGACUUCUUCGCCAACAGCAAGAAGUACCACAGGGUCGGGUACGUCAAGAGGGACAAGGACUGGCUGGAGAAGACGCCCAAGAGGGAGCUCUGUGCGGGCGCGCAGAAGGGGAGAAGAAAGAGGGUCAUUGCCCACUAG